CUCGCUGCUUGCGAGCUGCUGUCUAUUUUCUCCCCUCUUUCUGCUCCCUCCGACUCAUUCAGCCGCUCUCCUUGGAUCGAGGAAGCCUCUUGUGGGUCUCGGCAUCCCUGCGGUGACCCUCUCCCGGUGAUAUGAGCGCUAAUCCGGGCGCAUCCCUGCACCGUAGGCAUCCGAUCUUUUUGCCAAAGCUGGAUCUCUAUGCGUUUUUCUGAUUGCUGAAAAUCAACCCCCCCAAACCCUCCCCACCAAGACACCCGUGGCUGCGUGGAAUAACGGCGUUAUAUGCCUGCGAUGGGGGAAUUUAAACGCGUCCUCUUUAUUCUCGCAUGUCUGAUGGCCGCAGCCGAAGGACAAUCGUGCGGUGGCUUGGUGCAGGGUCUGAAUGGGACGAUAGAGAGCCCCGGCUUCCCGCAUGGCUACCCCAACUAUGCCAACUGCACCUGGAUCAUCGUCACGGGGGAGAGGAACAGGAUACAGCUGUCAUUUCACACCUUCGCCCUGGAGGAGGACUUUGACAUUGUCUCCAUCUAUGAUGGGCAACCUCAGCCUGGCAACCUGAAAAUGAGGCUGUCGGGAUUCAUGUUACCCUCUCCGAUCGUGAGCACGGGAUCAAUCCUGGCGCUGUGGUUCACCACCGAUUUCGCCGUAAGCGCUCAAGGAUUUAAGGCGAUUUAUGAAGUUCUGCCCAGUCACACGUGUGGGAACCCUGGCCUGAUCCCAAAGGGUAUCAUCCAUGGGUCACGCUAUAACAUCGGCGACAAGAUGCGUUACAGCUGCGUGCCUGGCUACGUGCUGGAGGGCCACGCCCUGCUCACGUGCAUUGUCAGCCCUGGCAGUGGAGCGUCCUGGGAUUUCCCAGCUCCGUUCUGCAGAGCGGAGGGGGCGUGUGGGGGAACCCUCAGGGGAACCACAGGCACCAUCAGCAGCCCCCACUUCCCAUCAGAGUACGAGAACAACGCUGACUGCACGUGGAGCAUCCUGGCUGAGCCGGGGGACACCAUCGCAUUGGUGUUCACUGACUUCCAGCUAGAGGACCGCUACGACUUCUUGGAGAUCAGUGGAACAGAGGCUCCAUCCAUAUGGCUGACUGGUAUGAACCUGCCUUCACCUGUCAUAAGUAGCAAGAACUGGCUGAGGCUCCACUUCACGUCCGACAGCAACCAUCGACGGAAAGGCUUCAGUGCCCAGUACCAAGUGAAAAAGGCCAUCGAGCUGAAGUCUAGGGGCGUCAAAAUGCUUCCAAACAAAGACACAAGCCACAAAAAUGCAGUCUUGAGCCAAGGAGGCCUGACAGCGGACCUGUGUCCAGAUCCUGGCAUUCCAGAAAAUGGGAAGCGGACUGGGGAUGACUUUCAGGUGGGGGCCAGCAUCCAGUUCUCGUGCGACGACAGCUACGUCCUCCAGGGGCCCAAGAGCAUCACCUGCCAGCGGGUGACAGAGACGCUGGUGGCGUGGAGUGACCACCGGCCCACAUGCCGCACGAGGACGUGCGGAUCCAACCUGAGGGGUCCCAAGGGGGUCAUCACGUCUCCAAACUACCCAGUCCAGUACGAGAAUAAUGCACACUGUGUUUGGGUCAUAACCACCAGUGACCCCAGCAAGGUGAUCAAGCUGGCCUUUGAGGAGUUCGAGCUGGAGCGCGGCUAUGACACGUUGACCGUCGGUGAUGGAGGGAAGAUUGGGGAUGCUCGCAGAGUCCUCUAUGUCCUCACGGGCUCCAGCGUCCCUGACCUCAUCGUCAGCAUGAGCAACCAGAUGUGGCUUCACCUCCAGUCAGACGACACCAUUGGCUCCUCGGGCUUCAAAGCCAUCUACGAAGAGAUCGACAAGGGCGGCUGUGGGGACCCCGGUGUGCCGGCGUACGGCAAGCGGACGGGGACACGCUUCCUGCAUGGGGACGUGCUGACCUUUGAGUGUCAGGCAGCCUUCGAGCUGGUGGGCGAGCGGGCCAUCUCCUGCCAGCAGAAUAACCAGUGGUCCGGGAACAAGCCCAGCUGUGUCUUCUCCUGCUUCUUCAACUUCACGGCUCCGUCCGGCAUCAUCCUGUCCCCGAACUACCCGGACGAGUAUGGAAACAACAUGAACUGUGUGUGGCUGAUCAUCGCCGAGCCGGGCAGCCGCAUUCACCUUAUCUUCAGCGACUUCGAUGUGGAGCCACAGUUCGACUACUUGACGGUGAAGGAUGACGGCAUGCCCGAGCCCACCACCUUCGGUACCUUCUCAGGGAAGGACGUGCCGUCUCAGAUCGCCAGUAACGGACACAUAAUGCGGCUGGAGUUCCAGUCUGACCACUCCAACACUGGCCGCGGCUUCAACAUCACGUACACCACGUUCGGACACAACGAGUGCCACGAUCCAGGCAUCCCCAUCAACGGGCAGCGCUACGGCGACCGCUUCCUGCUGGGCAGCUCCGUGUCCUUCACCUGUGACGAGGGCUUCAUCAAGACGCACGGCUCGCAGGCCGUCACCUGUGUGCUGCAGGACGGCAACGUGGUGUGGAAUGCCGCCGUCCCGCGCUGCGAAGCGCCCUGCGGUGGACACCUGACGGCACCCACGGGAAUCUUGCUAUCUCCAGGCUGGCCAGGAUACUACAAGGACUCCCUGAGCUGCGAGUGGGUGAUCGAGGCCCAGCGGGACCAUGCCAUCAAGAUAUCCUUCGACCGGUUUCAGACCGAGGUUAAUUAUGACACUCUGGAGAUCCGGGAUGGCCCGUCAGGAUCGUCCCCGCUGAUCGGGGAAUACCACGGGACACAGGCUCCCCACUUCCUCAUCAGCACGGGGAAUCACAUGUUCCUGCUCUUCACCACGGACAACAGCCGCUCCAGCGUGGGAUUCCAGAUUCGCUAUGAGAGCAUCAGGAUGGAGAGCGACUCCUGCCUAGACCCCGGCAUCCCAGUCAACGGUCGGCGCCAUGGCAACAACUUUGCUAUUGGUGCACGGGUGAUGUUCAGCUGUGACCGCGGCUACACACUGAGCGACGAGGAGCCCGUUGUGUGCGAGAGGAACCACCAGUGGAGCCACGCGCUGCCUAGCUGUGAUGCUCUGUGUGGCGGAUACAUCCACGGGAAAACGGGAGCGGUGCUGUCUCCUGGCUUUCCGGACUUCUAUCCAAAUUCGCUGAACUGUACAUGGACAAUCGAAGUAUCGCAUGGUAAAGGGGUGCAGCUGGUCUUCCACACUUUCCACCUGGAGGACUCCCAUGACUACCUGCUGAUCAGUGAGGACGGCGGCUUCUUGGAGCCAGUAGCACGGCUCACAGGCUCGGUGCUGCCACCCGCCGUCAAGGCCGGCCUUUUCGGCAACUUCACCGUGCAGCUGCGGUUCAUCUCCGACUUCUCCAUGUCCUACGAGGGCUUCAACAUCACCUUCUCAGAGUACAGCCUGGAGCCUUGUGAGGACCCCGGCGUUCCAGCCUACAGCCGACGCGUUGGCUUCCAGUUCGGCGUUGGCGACUCUCUGGUCUUCUCCUGCUUUCCGGGAUACCGGCUGGAAGGGGAGCAGAGCAUCACGUGCCUGGGUGGGGGCCGCAGGGUGUGGAGCGCCGUCCUGCCAAGGUGUGUGGCUGAAUGUGGCGCCUCCUCCGUUGGCCCCGAGGGAAUCCUCCUGUCUCCAAACUACCCAGGGAACUACGACAACAACCACGAGUGCAUCUACCGCAUGGAGACAGCAAGAGGCCAGGGUGUCCGCGUGCGUGCCUCCGUCUUCCAGCUACAGGAGGGUGACUACCUUAAGGUGUAUGAUGGGAAGGAUGUUUCAUCUCGGCUUCUUGGGAAUUUUACAAAGACUGACAUGUACAACAUCAUCCUUAACAGUACUUCCAACCACCUGAUGAUUGAGUUCAAUAGCAAUGGUACAGGAACCAGCAAAGGAUUCAGACUGUCCUACACCAGUUUUGACCUUGUGAAGUGUGAGGAGCCAGGCACCCCCAACUACGGGUACAAGGUCCGAGACGAUGGCCAUUUCACUGACACAGCGGUGGUGUACAGCUGCAAUCCUGGGUACACACUACAUGGGAGCAACACAUCCACAUGCCUGAGCGGAGACCGUCGUGUGUGGGACAAACCGCUACCAUCAUGUGUAGCCGAGUGUGGAGGGCACAUCACAGCGGCAUUAUCAGGGCGGAUACUGUCACCGGGAUACCCAGCUCCCUAUGACAAUAACCUCCACUGUACCUGGUCCAUCGAAGCUGACACAGGCAAAACCAUAAGCCUCCACUUCAUCGUCUUCGACACGGAGGUGGCCCAUGACAUCCUAAAGGUGUGGGAUGGCCCUGUGGAAGGUGGCAUCCUGCUGCGCGAGUGGAGCGGCUCCUCCCUCCCUGAAGACGUCCACAGCACCUUCAACGUCCUCACACUGCAGUUUGAUAGUGACUACUUCAUCAGCAAGUCCGGUUUCUCCAUCCAGUUCUCCACCAUGACAGCCACGACCUGUAAUGACCCCGGAACUCCACAGAACGGCACACGCUAUGGGGACAGCCGUCACCCUGGCGACACCAUCACCUUCCAGUGUGACCCCGGGUACCAGCUGCAGGGUGUGGCCAGGAUCACCUGCAUGCAGCUCAACAACCGCUUCUUCUGGCAGCCAGACCCCCCCUUGUGCGUUGCCACCUGUGGGGGUAAUGUGACAGGCCCCUCUGGGGUAAUACUGUCUCCCAACUACCCCCAGCCGUACCCCCCAGGGAAGGAGUGCGACUGGAGGAUUAGAGUGAACCCUGACUUUGUGAUUGCCCUCAUUUUUAAAAGCUUCAACAUGGAGCCCAGCUAUGACUUCCUGCAUGUGUACGAAGGAGAGGAUUCCAACGGGCCGCUCAUCAGCAGUCUCCAGGGCAACCAGGCUCCGGAGCGCAUCGAGAGCAGCGGGAACAGCUUGUUCCUGGCGUUCCGCAGCGAUGCCUCACUGGGAAUGUCUGGGUUCGCCAUUGAAUUCAAAGAGAAGCCACGAGAGGCGUGUUUUGACCCAGGAAACAUCAUGAAUGGCACUCGCCUUGGGUCCGACUUCAAGCUGGGUUCCACAGUGACCUACCAGUGCGACUCAGGUUACACAGCAUCGGGCCCCACCACUGUCACCUGCGUGAUAGGGGCCGACGAGAAACCCGCGUGGGACAAGGCACUGCCUACAUGCAAAGCACCCUGUGGAGGACAGUACACCGGCCUGGAAGGAGUGGUGCUGUCUCCAAAUUACCCCCACAACUACACCUCUGGGCAGACCUGCUCCUACCAUAUCACCGUCUCCAAGGAAUUCGUGGUAUUUGGGCAGUUUGCAUACUUUCAGACGACCAUGAACGACUCGGUGGAGCUGUUUGAUGGGGCCAACCAAAAUGCCAGGCUGCUCAGCUUGCUGUCCGGUUUCCACUCAGGAGAGACUCUGCCUCUGGCCACCUCCAAUCAGAUCAUGUUGAGAUUCACUGCAAAGAACGGCCUGACGGCUCGUGGAUUUCACUUUGUUUACCAAGCUGUCCCACGCACCAGUGACACUCAAUGCAGCUCAGUGCCAGAGCCCCGGUAUGGAAGGCGGAUUGGGUCUGAGUUCUCAGCCGGCUCUGUAGUCCGCUUCGAGUGCAACCCUGGCUACUUGCUUCAGGGUUCGAAAGCCAUCAAGUGCAAUGCUGUCCCCAAUGCACUGGCGCAGUGGAAUGACACCGUGCCCAUCUGUAUAGUACCAUGCAGCGGAAACCUGACGGAGAGGAGGGGCACCAUCCUGUCGCCCGGAUACCCGGAGCCGUAUGGAAACAGCCUGAACUGCGUCUGGAAGAUCAUCGUGAGCGAGGGAGCUGGCAUCCAGAUCCAGGUGAUGAGCUUCGCCACGGAGCACAACUGGGAUUCCCUGGAAAUCUAUGAUGGGGGAGACAUGACAGCCCCCAAGCUGGGAAGCUUUUCAGGUACCACCGCGCCUGCUCUGCUCAACAGCACCUCCAAUCAACUGUACCUCCAUUUCCACACGGAUAUCAGCGUGGUGGCCGCCGGAUUUCACCUGGAGUACAAAACCGUGGGCCUCACGACGUGUCCGGAGCCGGUGCUGCCCGCCAACGGGCUGAAGAUGGGCGACAGGUACAUGGUGAACGAGGUGGUGUCAUUCAGCUGCGAGCCAGGCUAUGUGCUGCAGGGCCACUCCCACAUCUCCUGCAUGCCUGGCACGGUGCGGCGCUGGACCUACCCCUCCCCACUCUGCAUCGCCCAGUGUGGGGGGACCCUCCAUGACCUCAGUGGCAUCAUUCUGAGCCCCGGCUUCCCUGGCAACUACCCUGGAAACCUGGACUGCACCUGGAGGAUCCUGCUUCCGGUUGGAUACGGUGCUCACAUCCAGUUCCUGAACUUCUCCUCGGAGGACAACCAUGACUUCCUGGAGGUGCGCAAUGGGCCACAGCACAUGAGCUCCCUGAUUGGACAGUUCAGCGGCAGCCAGCUCCCGCCCCAGCUGCUAAGCACCACCCACGAGACCGUGAUCCACUUCUACACAGAUCACUCGGAGAACCGGCCAGGCUUCAAGCUUCUCUAUCAAGUGCUGAGGAAUGGUCCCUACUCUCUGACAUCACACAUCGAUGUCCUUCCCCCCUCAGCAUACGAGCUGCAGAACUGCCAGGACCCUGGCCCCUUCCCCAACGGCCACAUCAUCGGUGAGGCCUCCAGCGCUGGCCAGUCCAUCACCUUCGAAUGCCUCCCUGGAUACGUCCUUCUUGGGUACUCGGUGCUCACCUGCCAGCACGGCAUCAAUAGGAAGUGGAACCACCCUUUCCCCCGCUGCGUAGCCCCUUGUGGCUACAAUGUCACAGAACAGAACGGUACAAUAUACUCACCAGAGUACCCCAACGAGUAUCCCAACUCCCAGGACUGCACAUGGAUCGUCACUGUGCCGCAUGGACACGGCAUCUACAUCAACUUCACGCUCCUCCAGACGGAGCCUGUCACUGACUACAUCGCCGUGUGGGACGGGCCGGAACAGUACUACCCCCAGCUAGGUGUCUUUAGUGGCAACACCGCCCUGGAGUCAGCCUACAGCUCCUACAACCAGGUGCUCAUCAAGUUCCACAGCGACUUCUCUACCAGUGGCUUCUUCAUCCUCAAUUUCCACGCCUACUCCCUUAAAAAAUGCCCACCGCCCCCUGUGGUUGAAGACGCCGAGUUAGUGGCAGAGGACCAGGAUUACGAAAUAGGUGACACAGUGCAGUACCGCUGUCUGCCUGGCUUCACGCUCGUAGGCAACAACGAACUGACCUGCAAGCUCAACUCGCACCUGCAGUUCGAGGGCCCUGAACCAGCCUGCGAGGCCCAGUGCCCAGCCAAUGAGGAGAGGACUGAGUCUUCAGGUGUGAUCCUAAGUCCAGGAUACCCCAAGAACUAUCCCAAUUCCCAGACCUGCUCCUGGAUCAUCAAAGUCAAGCCGUCUUUCACCAUCUCCAUCUAUGUUGAGAUGUUCCAGAGCGAAAAGCAGUUUGAUGAGCUGGAGAUCUUUGAUGGUCCCUCUGGGCAGAACCCGUUGCUGGUGGCACUCAGUGGGAACCACUCCUCCCAGCUGAACUUCACGAGCAAGACCCACCAGCUGUACCUCAGGUGGUCCACCGACCACGCCACGAGCAAGCGCGGCUUCAAGAUACGCUAUACCGCCGCGUACUGCAGUGCCAGUGCCACACCCACGAACGGCGCCAUCCUCAACAAGACGGGGGAGCACACAGGCAGCCAGCUGCAGUAUUCCUGUGAUGCCGGUUACCGGGCCGUGGGCCAGAGUAAUGCCACCUGUAGGAUGCUGCCCAACGGGCUUUAUGGCUGGAGUGCCCCGCCCCCGCUCUGCCAAGCCAUCUCAUGUGGCGUUCCCGACGUUCCGGGGAAUGGGUCAUUUCGUGGCUUCCAAUACACGGUGGGCAGCAGCGUGCAGUAUGAGUGCAACGAUGGCUACCGGAUGGAGGACGGCCAGUUCCCCACGGCUGAGUGCCUGGAGGACGGCACGUGGAGCAGCCGCGGGCACCUGCCACAGUGCACACCGGUACGGUGCCCUGACAUCGAGACGGUUCUCCUGGAGAACAUGGUGUGGCACUUGAUCUCCGGGGCCCCUGGCGAGUUCGGCGCCCAGGUCAUGCUGAGCUGCUCUCCCGGCUUCUACUUGGAAGGCCAGCGCAUCCUCCGCUGUCUGGCCAAUGGCUCCUGGAGUGGUCUAGAGGAGAGGUCUGCCUGCAGGAUCAUCUCCUGUGGUGACCUGCCCUCCCCGCCAAAUGGCAACAAGAUCGGCACACUGAGCACAUUUGGUGCCACGGCCAUCUUCACGUGCAACACGGGCUACACACUGGCCGGCUCGCAUGUGCGCGAGUGUAGUGAGAAUGGCUUGUGGAGCGGCGUGGAGACCAAGUGCCUCGCCGGCCACUGCGGGACCCCGGACCCCAUUACCAACGGCCACAUCAGUGGCGACGGCUUCAGCUACCGGGACACCGUCGUCUACCAGUGCAACCUGGGCUUCCGGCUCAUUGGCACAUCCGUCCGCAUCUGCCAGCAGGACCACCGCUGGUCGGGGGCCGCGCCCGUCUGCGUGCCCAUAACAUGCGGUCACCCCGGCAACCCUGCGAACGGCCGGACACACGGCUCUGAGUUCAACUUGAACGACGUGGUGAACUUCACAUGUAAUGUGGGAUACAUGCUGUAUGGCGCCGCCAAAGCGCAGUGCCGCGUCACGGGCCACUGGAGCAGCCCGCUCCCAGCCUGCAGGGUGGUGAACUGCUCGGAACCGGGCUUUGUGGAGAAUGCCAUCCGUCAGUCGCAGCAGCGCUACCAGGACGCCUUCAGCUACCCCAGCAGCGUGAUGUUCCAGUGCAAACGCGGCUUCCACCUCCUGGGGUCUGCAGUGCUCAGCUGUCAAGCUAGCGGCCUGUGGGACCGCUCGCUGCCCAAAUGCCUCCCCAUUUCCUGUGGGGAUCCUGGAACACCUCCCAAUGCCGUCAUAUCAGGGAAGAGCUUCACCAAUGGAGCUGUGGUCCGCUACUCGUGCGGGCAGAGCCGAGCACUGAUCGGGAACGGCACUCGGCAGUGCCUGGAGGAUGGGCGCUGGAGCGGCUCGGCACCUUACUGCUCAGGCACCAGCCCUGGCAUCUGCGGUGAUCCCGGUGUGCCCCCCCACGGCUCACGGCUGGGGGAGGAAUUCCGGCUGAAGAGCCUACUGCGGUUUACCUGUGAGGCUGGCUAUACCCUUGUUGGUUUGGCCGAGCGGACCUGCCUGCUCAAUGGAUCCUGGAGUGGGACACAGCCAAUGUGUGAGGCCGUAUCAUGUGGAAACCCGGGAACACCGGCCUUCGGGAAGAUCGUCCUCAGCGAUGGCAUCCUCUUCUCUAGCUCGGUGACAUACGCCUGCUGGGAGGGCUACAAGACCACUGGCUUGACCACCCGCCACUGCACCGCCAACGGCACCUGGACUGGCUCCCCCCCAGACUGCACUGUGAUCAGCUGUGGCGAUCCCGGCAGCAUCGCCAACGGCUUCUACAUUGGCGAUGAGUUCAUCUUCAACAAGACAGUGCAGUACCACUGCAACCCGGGGUUCCUGUUGGAGCACGAUGGGCCGCCUAGCCUGCGGUGCACUCAGGACGGCGGCUGGAACCAGAGUCGGCCCAGCUGCAGGGCAAUUGUCUGCAGCCAGCCCCCAGCCAUCCCCCAUGGGCAGGUGGAGGGCUCCGAGCUUCACUGGGGCUCCAGCAUGGCCUACAGGUGCUUGGAUGGCUACCAGCUGUCUGCACCUGGCGUCCUCACAUGCGAGGGCAGUGGCAGCUGGCGCGGUGACGUCCCCCAGUGCCUGCCUGUGCUGUGUGGGGACCCCGGCUCACCAGCGGAGGGCCACGCGGAGGGGAGGCAGUUCACCUACGGCUCGGAGGUCACCUUCCAUUGCCGCCCUCCCUACCUGCUAGUUGGCUCCCCCAGAAGGACGUGUCAAUCCGACGGAACCUGGAGCGGCGUCCAGCCCUCCUGCAUAGAUCCCGCAUACAACGUCUGCAGAGACCCCGGAACGCCAGCGUUUGGGAUCCCGAUCCAGGCCCACGGAUUCGAGGUCGGAAGUAAAAUUUUCUUUAAAUGUAGGAAAAACUACCACAUAUUAGGAUCGACAACAAGGACGUGCCUAGAGGACUUGACCUGGAGCGGGACGCAGCCCGAGUGCAUCCCCCACGCCUGCAGGCAGUUGGAGACACCGGCUCACUGCGAUGUGCGUGCCCUGGAUCUGCCCACACUGGGCUACACACUGAUGUACACCUGCCAGGCUGCCUUCUUCCUGGCCGGCGGCUCUGAGCACCGCACCUGCAAGGCAGACGGGAGGUGGUCCGGAAAGCCGCCCAUCUGCAAAGUUGGUCCGAAAAUAAACGACAAAAAGGAAGAUACAGAUGAACAGAAAAACAAAAUCCGAGUUCCUGCCGAUGUGUUUUCUUUAAAUUCUGGCUGGACUGGCUUCUACGAAUACCUGGGCAAGAGGCAACCAGCCACCAUCACUGUAAACGGCUUCAACGUGACGAGCAGCAAAGUGAACGUCACUCUGCUGGAGCACAGCGGCGUGCAGAUCAAGCUGUCAGGGACAUAUAAAAAAGAAGAGAAUCAUUUACUCCUGAAGGUGUACAAUGUCCAUGGUCCUAUGGAGCUUUAUUUCAGUAAAUUUAAAAAUGACAACUGGGCAAUGGAUGGAUUUGUGACAGCGGAAACUGACAAAAAUAACUAUGUGUACCAGGGUUAUAUUCACAGCAAAGAUUUUGGGAAAUUUCAGCUGAAAAGACAAGGUCUGAUAACAACAGACAUGGAUCCUUCAAAUCCAUAUUACGGCACAAAUAGCGGCUCAGUGGCAGCUGCUAUCUUGGUGCCAUUCUUCGCUUUGAUCCUUUCGGGAUUUGCCUUUUACCUCUACAAACACAGGGUACUUUCACAAGACACAGAUGAGAAUGAGAGACCCAAAGAAGUGAUAAGAACUGGCUGCAGAACAAGACCAAAAGUUCAAUACAACGGCUAUGCGGGGCACGAAAACACAAACGGACAGGCGUCAUUUGAGAAUCCCAUGUACGACACGAACAUGAAGCCGACAGAGGCGAAAGCCGUGCGCUUUGACACCACGCUGAACACGGUGUGCACUGUCGUAUAGCCCCAGCUCGAGGCCAUGCACUUCAACACCAUGCUGAAUAUGGUAUGCACAGUGGUACAGUCUCAGUCUUCAUUGAGCACUGACGUUUGGUGCCAUGUGCCAGUCCCCCCCCUCCCCCUCCCCGCCGCUCCUUUCUCUGCUACCGCAGCGACUCAACUGACUAUCCGGAAAAAAUGAUAAACAGCAAAAAUAGGAGAUCUUUAUUUUUUUUGUAAACAAGACUAAUGGCAAAAAAGACUCUUCACCGAGGAGAGACCAUGACUUUGUGAAAGACAACAUGGAUGACGAUUUUUAUUUUUGAUUACUUCUGUUUCUCAUGGCCCUUGCAGGAAGAGAGUGAAUUCCACUCUUUUGUUUGUCGUACUUUCUAAAAGCACUUUCUUACGGACGCGUCCAAGAGCAUCAAAAGGAUGGAAAAUUAUCAACGAGAAAUGGAGACAACGAGUGCUCCCCGAAUCCGGAAUGGCUGCUCAGGCCAGACUUCUUAAAUAAUAAUAAAAGUGGAAAUGUUACAGUGAUGGGUGUGAGAUAGACGAACUUGCCUGGUCUGUCUGGGCCUUGGUCCCGGGUCCCAAGAGGGGUGUCCUCAGCAGUUGUGUUUGCAAACCGUAACGGCACAAUUUUUGCACUAGCGUGUGACAGAUGGACACAACGUCAAUUCAAAAAGAAAACAAACACAAACAUAAAAACAGGGUUUAUAUAUGCUGACCAUAUGUAUAUAAACAUGUGUUUCCAUUCUCACAGGAAGCAUGUUGCCAUGCUACAUGUCCAAGCUGCAGAAAAUGAUGACAAAUGACUUCAUCGCCCUCAUUGCGAGACGAGUGCGUCUUUCCCACACAGCUCCGCAAAUGGCUGUAAUGCUUAGAUGAUGCAGCUUCGUUUUCGUUUUUCGUUGUUUUUUGUUUUGUUUUGUUUUGAAUUGCAACUGGUUUAUGUAGAAAUCAGCAGCAGCCUUCCGUCAUUACUGUGCUAGCUUGGGCCUUCUGUGCAGAGCAGCACCCACAAUGUUUCAGUAUCGUAAGGACGCUGAUUCUUACUCCCCCCAGAGAAAUAUUUUUAUUGUGAGAAAGACAUUUGGAUUUUAUUUUUUUAAUUUCACCGCCAGUUUGACAUACAGUAACUGCUGAUGGUUUAGCUCCAUAAAUCUGUGCUUCCUGACUUCAUUUUUGUUUAGCGAAUGAUGCUACUCAAAUGCCAAAAACGAUGCCACUUUCUGUGCUCUCUCUCUCUCUUUCUCUCUCCUUCUCUUUUUUCCUGCGUUGCUCAGACACGUCUCUAACUGCUUACCUUAAACACAAGACUCCUCACAUGGCGUCAGGCUAGCUAAAAAUGUUUUUGUGCCCCUUUUGCACAGCGAUCUGUCCCGAUUUCCCUGCGAUGCUGAGCUUAUGAAGUUUUUAUUUCUCAUAAAUACUGCACUUACUUUGAAUCACAGGUAUAAUCGUGUCUGUGAUGUCUGUUACGUUAUGUGUGAGGGGGUGUGCACUGCAUUCAGCCUUUUCACGUUUGUUUUCUAGUGCUGUUUCCUGAUCCUGCACUCUUUGCACCAAUGCUGGGGUGCCCCCCCGUCGCACUUGCUUCAAUAUGACACCCAUCCCACCCCAUCUUGUCCCAGAGAACUUGUUGAUCCCUCAGAGCCCUGUCAUCAUAACCCUGUAUUGCAAAUUAGUGAGACACUGCCUUAUUACGUAAGAAGACCAUCAACAGCCGAGUGCAAGGCUACUCAGAAUAUAAACACUGUGAUUUCAAAAUUCACUGAUGACGUCCCGCUCCACCCCACCCUGGUUGUUUUGGUGCCAUAGCGUGUUCAUAUACCCACUCUCAUGCAGAGAAUGUUCUUAACUCCCCUUUCUACCCAAAUAAAACAACAGACCCCACCUGCCAGAAUUGGUGUACCACUAAGGAAGCGUGGUAAUAGUACAGGAGGCCUGUGGUGCAGGUUCUCGCAGAGUAGCAUCUUAUGAAGCAACUUUUCACUCAGCAGCAUCUCACUGAGCGAUGUCUCAGUGAACAGUGUCUCACUGAGCAGUGUCUCACUGAGCAGUGUCUUGCUUAGUGGUGUCUCACUGAACUGCGUCUCGCUGAGCUGCAUCUGAGCAUCUCAGUGAGCGGUGUCUCGCUUAGCGCCUCACUGAGCAGCAUCUCACUAAAUGGCGUCUCACUGAGCAGUGUCUCACUAAAUGGCGUCUCACUGAGCGGCGUCUCACUUAGCAGCAUUUCACAGAGCAGCGUCUCCCUAAGCAGUGUCUCACUGAGCAGUGUCUCGCUGAGCGGCGUCUCAUUUAGCAGCAUUUCACAGAGCAGUGUCUCCCUAAGCAGCGUCUCACUAAAUGUGUCUCACUGAGCGGUGUCUCACUGAGAAGCAUCUUGCUUUGCAUCUUGCUGAGCAGCAUCUCACUGAGCAGCGUUUCACAGAUCAAUGUCUCACUGAGCAGCGUCUCACUGAGCAGCAUCUCACUGAGCAGUGUCUCAUUAAACGGUGUCUCUCUGAGCAGUGUCUCACUAAGCAGCAUCUAACUGAGCAGCGUCUCAUUUAGCAGCGUUUCACAGAGCAGUGUCUCACUGAGCAGCGUCUAACUGAGCAGCGUCUCAUUUAGCAGCGUCUCAUUUAGCAGCGUUUCACAGAUCAAUGUCUCACUGAGCAGCGUCUCACUGAGCAGCAUCUCACUGAGCAGUGUCUCAUUAAACGGUGUCUCACUGAGCAGCGUCUCACUGAGCAGCGUCUCACUGAACGCCGUCUCACUGAGCAGCGUCUCACUGUGCAGUGUCUCACUGAGCAGCGUCUCACUAAACGCCGUCUCACUGAGCAGUGUCUCACUGAGAGGCAUCUUGCUGAGCAGCAUGAAGCUGAGCAGUGUCUCAUUAAACGGAGUCUCACUGAGCAGCGUCUCACUGAGCAGCGUCUCACUGAGCAGCGUCUCACUUAGCGGCGUCUUGCAUCGUCGUGUCUGUCCAGAGGAAGCAACAGCUUCACCUUAAUUUUUCUAAGAAAUUUUCUAUUUUGCAUUUGAUAUUAUGUAAAAUUGUGCCAUGUUCGGUACGGAGCACCAAUGGUGGAAGUGAUGUGUAAAAUAUGGGAGGCUGGAGUUUGUGAAACAAAACAAGGAAAAACACACAAAACUCCACAGAGGAGUAUUUCCCUGACGAUCCACCUGCUGUCCAUCUCUCAGCUUCUCGUGAUGCUUGUACGCACCCAGGCCUCCACCAGGCCCGCUGCAAUAACAUCCCACUCUUUAUAAUAGUCUGGCCGCAGCCCCCCCCUCACCCCGCAGCUUCAUCCCACCUCCCGAGCGACUCCACCCCAUGUGACGACAUCGCCAUUCUACCAUUUGCUGCUGACUGACGUAGGUGCAAAAGAAAAUGUUUUUUUUUGUACAGAAAUAUAUUUUUUAUGAGGAAAUUUGUAAAAUUAUGAAAUAUGCUGUAAUUUUUUGAUUAAUGUAGGUAUAAAAUUGUUAAAAUAAAUGUUUUUAAUAUACAAAAAUGUAAACUUUUAUCAUUUAUGUAACAUAACAUGUCAAUAGCUAGUUUUAAAUUUGUAAACUCUUGCACAUGUCAGUAUAUAUGAGCCUGUAUGAAAUAUAUAAUGUAUCGUCUGACAGAUACAAAGCAAAGACUCUCAUAUAAAUUGUAAUAUAAUUUGUUCAA